CAUUAAUAAAAGAUGCCGAGGUGGACCCGUGGAAUCGAGGGUUAUAUGAGGGAAGGUUAUACUUAAAUUGGUAUAGAAAGUUAGGCUACAUCCCUACACAAAUCACUCCUAUAAUGGGAUACGCUUUUUGUCAAUGUAGUCGGACGCUGGAGUAUGCAGCUAAUGACUAUGCCAUUAGCUUAGUGGCUAAAG